UAAGGGCGUGGGAGAAAUGACGAUGAAGCAGUUACUCUAAAGCUUUUCGCAUCGACAUCAUUCUCACUAUCGUUCAUCAUAAAGCAUCGCAAACACAUCUUGGCUCUUCUGGAUAUUAUAAAGAUUUUAUAAGCAGGUGGCGAUAGCAGCGGAUCUCAGGUGAACAGGAAAUAACACGAACUCCGGCCAUGGCCCGGCGUAUGUCGCCCGCUUUCACUUUUCUGUUUUGCUUCGCAUUAUCGCAUGUUUUUCAAACUAAGGCCAAUUCUCACCACAACGUGGCCCUCCACAGGCAAAAGAGAGAAUGGAUCGUCCCUCCCCAAAUCCUAGAAGAGAAUGUGGAUUACACCAAGAAAGAAUUUAUUGCAAAAAUUCGCUCAGAUAAGGAAGAAUACAAAGGAAAACAAGUGAGAUACUCAUUGAAGGGUGUCGGUGCAGACAAGGAGCCAUUCAACUUAUUUGUGGUGAAUCCUGAAAAUGGAUUUGUGAGAAUAACAGGAAUCCUUGACAGAGAGAAUAUCGCUCAAUAUAAUCUUUCCGGAGUGGCUACUUUCACGGAUAACUCGAUUGCAGAGAAUGAUAUUGGACUGAGGAUAAAAGUGAAGGACCAGAAUGAUAAUUCUCCUGUGUUUGGCUCAAUGAUCUCUGGGUCAGUAGAUGAGCUCAGCGCUGUAGGUACUUCAGUGAUGAAGGUUGAUUGCACGGAUGCUGAUGAGCCUGGGAACCCAAACUCUCAAAUCAAAUAUGAGAUUAUUAAUCAGCAACCCAGCGGGGAUCCGAUGUUUACCAUUGGCAGUGAUGGGGUAGUUCGUGUCAGCAAUCCGAACCUGGAUAGAGAGACCGUUCAAGAGUAUGUGCUGCAAGUCAAGGCCUCUGACCUGAACGGAAAUUCAGGUGGCCAUUCAUCCACAGGAACAAUGACCAUCAAGCUCAACGAUGUCAAUGAUAAUGUGCCUAUUUUGGAGGGCCCGACUGAAGGCAGCAUAGAGGAGAACACAGAGGGGGUGGAGGUGAUGAGAUUUAAAGCAAGUGACUUGGAUCUUGAGGGGACGGACAACUGGCUGGCAAUGUGCGACAUUGUAUCAGGCAAUGAGGCGGGAUACUUCAGCAUUAAAAUGGACCCAAAGACCAAUGAGGCCAUAUUGAUGCUUGACAAGCCUGUUGAUUAUGAGGAUGUCAAAAACCUUAACCUUGGCAUCAGUGCAGGCAACAAGGCUGCAUACCACCAAUCUAUUACUGGUGAUCAAAAUGGAUUCAAUGUAAACCUGGGGGGCGGAGGAGGAGGCGGUGGAGGCGGAGGAGGUGGAGGAGGCGGAGGCGGCGGCGGCGGAGGCGGAGGAGGCGGAGGCGGAGGAGGCGGCGGAAGCGGCGCAGGAGGUGGAGGAGCUAAUUUUUUGUCGUCAUCUGGUACGAACUCUGGAGCAGGUGCUGUUUCAUUUGAAGGCUUUUCCUUUUUGUCAUCGUCUGGUACGAGCUCUGCAUACAUUGUAAACAUAAAAGUGAAAAAUCAACCAGAGGGACCCAAGUUCAUUCCCGGAACAAAGGCCAUUCCUAUGUCAGAGAAUGGCAGUGCAUUUGACAAGACUAAAAUCAUUGCAGUAUACCCUGCCACUGAUUCAGACACGGGAAAAGAAGCUACUAAUGUAAGGUAUGCUAAAGGAUAUGACCCAGAUAACUGGCUGACAAUCGAUGAGAAAACUGGCACUAUUAGAAUGAAUAAGGCUCCUGAUCGGGAGUCCAAGUUUCUAGUUAAUGGAACUUAUCAUGCUUACAUUUACAGCAUUACUCAAGACAUGCCUUCUAAGACGGCAACAGGCACCAUUGCCAUCCAAGUCGAGGAUUUUAAUGAUCAUUGCCCCGUAUUGACAAGCAAAGUCCAGACGAUUUGCACUGAAAAGCAAGCAGUCCUGGUUACUGCAGUGGACGAAGAUGUAGAACCCAAUGGAGCUCCUUUUACUUUUAAUGUUGUCCAAGAAACAUCUACGGGAAAGUGGGUGGUUGAGCAUUUGAAUGACACCACUGCCAUCUUGAGGGCCCAAGAGAAGCUGUGGCCAGGAAGGUAUGAGGUGAUGGUGGAGGUCAAGGACCAGCAGGGACUCGGAUGUAAAGCACCAGAAAAGCUUAUGGUGGAGGCGUGCACCUGUUCAAAUCAGGUCAAUUGUGAUAGAAAAGGUUCCGACACACCUAACGGCUCCAGAUUAGGACCUGCUGGAAUCGGGUUGCUCAUUCUUGGUCUCCUCACUUUGUUGCUAAUACCCCUCCUGCUGCUGUUCUGUCAGUGUGGAUCUGGUGGUAUGGCAGGACCGUUCGCAGAAAUGCCCUAUGACACUAAAGAGCACCUCAUCUCUUACCAUACAGAGGGCCAAGGAGAGGACAGAGAUGUUCCUAUACUGCUUGAAGAUGAGGGUGAUUUUGGCUACUUAAAAGGAGGCAGCUACGGUGUAACUGCUAUGCCGGGCAUGAGGGCGGCGAUGGGUGGAAUAGGGGAGCUGAGCAGAGGCUACAUUGAGUCAGCAUCUAUAGUAGAUGGUGGGCGUGAUAGAAUGGAAAUGCACAGCAUGAACUCCAUGAAAAGCAGUAGCAACUGGGCGGGGAGAGAAUUUGCCGGAGAUUUCGAUGGGAUGGCCGCACCUGAAAUGUUCUUAAAUGAGUACUAUUCACAGAAAAGCAGAGGGAUAGAUGAUGGAUUUGCUAAGAGCAACAUGAUGAUAUACCAGAAUGAAGGGAUGGGCUCACCUGCUGGCUCCGUAGGCUGCUGUAGUAUACUCGAGGACGACAACGAUUUAGCGUUUCUCAAUGACCUCGGGCCAAAGUUUAACACUCUCGCGGAGAUAUGUGGAGGUAAAAAGACCACAGUUGAGCACCAUGUACCUCUUCCUCCCCCUCCUAAACCGGUUGAACGUGCGAACAUUUCCAUCAACAGAGAUGUGUCUUCAUCAAACACUGUAAACGUGUCUUCCAAUACUGCCACCACCACACAUGUGGAGAACGUGCUCGUGACAGAGAAUCGGCCUACCAUGAUCGCAAGCAUGCAGCCCGCUCAGACACUCCUUGUGCAACAGCAGCCCAUGUACUACAUGGUCGAGCCUCAGCCGACCACCCUGGUGAUGGCUGAAAGACCGGCUGUACAGAAUAUGUAUGUGCUGAACAGCGCCCCCAUGGGCGAAGAGGUGGUCUUCCAGGGGAGCAACGUAGUGGCAGGUCACGGCGAGAGAAUGGUGUUCCUUGAUAGGGGCGGAUCUACCCAGGCUAUCAACACUGGGAUGAUACAUACAGGUACUCUGCCCGGAUCGCACAUGUUCGUGGAGAGGGGCGGAUCUACCCAAGCGCUCAACACUGGAAUGAUACAUACAGGAACUCUGCCCAGAUCUCAAAUGUUCGUGGAGAGGGGCGGAUCUACCCAGGCUAUCAACACUGGGAUGAUACAGACAGGAACUCUGCCCGGAACGCAAAUGUUCGUGGAGAGGGGCGGAUCUACCCAAGGGCUCAACACUGGAAUGAUACAUACAGGAACUCUGCCCAGAUCGCAGGUUCUGCUGAUGGACGGGGGUGCCCAAAGCGGUCACAUCCUUCAAGGGACCCUACCGAAAGGGGCUACGAGAUCUCAGCACGUGAUGAUGAUGGAAGGAGGACAAGGUGGAAUGGUUGAGGGGUCCUUCAAAACAGGCAUCUCCGCUCAGGGAGUAUCUCAAGGUGUAGUUUACGGAGGAUCGGGGCUCGUCCAGGGUUCUGAUCAAAAGGCGGCUUUUACUGCAGGGUCAAUAAAUGGUAACGUGGGAUUGAGCGGGUCGUCUCUUCGAAAUCCAACGUCGCAAAAGGUCGUAAUGCAAGAGAAGAAGGUUAUGACAUCAAAAACUAUCAACUAACGACGCAACACUAAUACGUACUAUUGUAGCAGUGUUCCAGAGUUUAGAUAUAAUUUUGAAAAUGUAAAAAAAUGAUUCUUUUUUUGAGUAUUUGAGCUUAUGCCUGCCAUUCAAUACAUCAUCUUGUCAUCAAAGCUUGAUUUGUCGAAAAUAUGCAAAUUAAUAAUGCUUGUUUUUAAUGUCCUUAGGCUUCGCUUUCUGUUUGUGUAGUACAUUUACUAUACUAUAUAUAUAACAAAAUGGAAUUUAUAUUUUUUGCAUAUAGAUGGGAUGUGAUUCCGUAUGUAUGUGUGUGUUUUUUCACUUCUGUGUGUUCUGUUAAGGUUAUUUGCAGAAAUAAUAUAUGAAUGCGACGGUUCCGGUAGUCCUGAGGCCAUUACUGGGGAUUUUAUGCAAACUAGCCUGAGCCCAAAGCUAUUUUAAUACUUUAUUAAAGACAUUAACAUAAGUAGAAAUCAGUAAAGCGGCACAGGAACAGCAGAUCAGUUGGUAUGCAGAAAAGUAAAGUUACUGUAAAUUAAGAUUUAUGAAUCGCUUUUGCUAUUAAAUCAAGUACAAUAUGGUUCGGGAAUUUGCCAUAAGAUCAGUGUACUUCAUUGACUAGCACUGGUAAAGUUUUUUAUGUGUUAUAUGAAUUUAUUAGUUUUUUGGUCAACACUUGGUGCUUACUGUUUUUCACACAUGAUGUAGAAAGUAGAAAUAGAUGCUUGGGAUGUUCUUUUGCACUACACUAGCCUUUAAUUCAAUACAGAGACCAAACUUCCAUUCCAAGCAAUAAUGCUAAUAUGUAUUAAAUGAGUGUUCUAAAAGAAUAAUCUUUUUUAGUAAAUUAUAUAUAUUUCUUGCAUACUGCUUGUAAUUAAUAGCACAAUAGCUACAUUGCAUUCUAAUUCUUUUAGGAAGUUAAUGGCAAAAUAAAAAGAGUUGUGGUGCUGGUCUAUUUUUUUGUGGUUUACUUUUGGAUUGGCAUUGGGUUUCAACUUUUCCAUCAUCUAGAAGAGUAUGAUAUGUCUAUUUUAAGAAGCAUUAUAUAUGUAACACCCUCCUUUGAUAUCUUGUACACACCAUAAAAAAAUCUACUAGGCGUUAAAUACAUUGUAAGCAUAUGGAGGAGAUUAUUUUUUAAAUGUUUGUUUUAUAAAUGUUUCAUAUAUUUUACUGAUUGUGGAAAAGGACAAUAAAGCCUGUUUAAAAUAA